AUGGACAACCCCCGCGUCUUCUUCGACAUCUCUAUUGCGGGGGAGGAGGCAGGGCGCAUUGUGAUGACCCUGUUUGAUGAUGUGGUGCCGAAGACGGCUGAAAACUUCAGGCAGCUGUGCACAGGCGAGGCUGGGCAGGGCCGGUGUGGCAAGCCGCUGCACUACAAGGGCUCCCUCUUCCACCGAGUCAUCCCCGACUUCAUGUGCCAGGGUGGCGACUUUGAAAAUGCUGACGGAACCGGCGGUGAAAGCAUCUACGGCAGCACGUUUGCUGACGAGUCCUUUCAGCUGAAGCACACGGAGCCAGGCAUGCUGAGCAUGGCCAAUGCUGGGCCCGGCACCAACGGCAGCCAGUUCUUCUUGACCACUGCGCCCUGCCAAUGGCUGGAUGGCAAGCACGUUGUGUUUGGGCGUGUGACGGAGGGCAUGGCGGUGGUGAAGCGCAUGGAAUCGCUGGGCUCACGCAGCGGCAGAACGUCCCAGAAGAUAUACAUUGCAGACUGUGGCGAGGUGGGUUUGGGCUGA